CCAUGAAGACCCCGUCUGCCUCUCUGCUCCUCGGUGUGUGUGUGCUGCUGCUGUCUGCACCGACUGUUUCUGCAGUGUCUCUGUCUGUCAGUCCAAACCUUCAGCAGUUCUUCAGUGGAUCUUCUUCAGUGUCUCUGAGCUGUGAUGAUGAUGGACAGACAGCUGAUGGAUGGACAGUGAAGAGGACCAGAGGAGGACUCACUGAGGACUGUGGAGCAGCUGCAGGCUUUGGGAGGGUUCAUGGUUCCUCCUGUGUUCUGGAUCGCUCCGUCUCCUCUGAUGGAAGUUACUUCUGUGAGAACUCAUCUGGACAGCAGAGCGAUGAAGUGUCCAUCAUUGUUUCAGAUAAAGGUGCGAUUCUAGAGAUUCCUGCACUUCCUGUGAGGACAGGAAAUGAUCUCACUAUGCGUUGCAGAGAGAGGAGCGGUGACACAGCUGCUGCUUAUUUCUCCUUUAAUGGACGUCCUGUUGGAUCUGGAACAGCGGCAGAGCUCGUCAUCAGAAGGGUUAAACAGUCUGAUGAAGGUCUCUACUCGUGUGCUACUGACGCAUUUGGAUCGUCUCCUCAGAGCUUUCUGAGGGUCAGAGGUCCUCCUCAGCACAGGAGCUCAGACUCCACUCCUCCUGUGAACUCUUCUGUUGACACUCCUUCAUCACCUCCUCAGGGUCUCACCUCCUUUCUCACUGCACUCAUAGCAGGCCUGGUUCCUGUGGUUCUUCUGGUUCUGCUCUUGGUUCUAGUUCGACUUCUUUUCCACUGCAAAAAGCAAAAUGAAGCAAAUGAUACACAUCAAGCUGAUACAGAUGUUGUCUACUCUGACGUGAGGAUUCUCACUGCAGAGCAGUCAGCUGAUCCAGGUGUUGUUAUUCAUCACUGAGAGCAGAUUUCCUUGGACCUGUCCCUGAUUCUGCCCUGAAUCCCUGAGUGAAGCUGAGGACACCCUGGGCCUGAUGGACCUUCAUCCUUCCCUCUGCUCCUCUUCUUCAUGCUGUCUGUGCUUUAGUCUGUUUUAAAUACAGCUGUUAGCUCUCACCUGUGCACACAGUAACAUCUGCUCAGGAAGCAGGUUCAGUAACUCUGAGUUUCCUGUUGUCACCUGUGCAGGUUUCAGACUUGCUCACAGACGCUGUGCUGCACUCUAACACACUCUCACACUGAUGGAGGCUGCAGACUGUUUAGCACAGAGGUCCUCUGACUGCCAAUCCACAGUCUCUGGUUGGUGGGAACCCGCUGUACCCCUGAGCCACAGACAGAAGCAGUAGUGAAAGCUGAGGACACAGGUGUGAAUGAGGGUCUGUGACCUCCUCAGAGAGCUGAGUCUGUGUGACAGAGCGUGGAUGUGAGCCUGAGUCGACGCUCACUGUGAGCUCAGCAGCAUUAACAUGCACUGAGAGCGACACACACAACUACUGUCUGUCCCCUCUGAUGUCAACACAGACACACUU